UAUUUACUCUUGAGAAUUUGGUAGGUUGAAGAACUCCUCACAAUAAAUGUAAAACAUUGGAACCAAAGUUAAAUCAGCUAUAUAUUCAGCUCUAUAAAUAGUCCUUAGCUAGGUACCACCAUAACAUAAACAUUCACCUCUACACUCAACACACUUGACGUGCAAUAUUUCCUCUUCCAAAUCAAUCAUGGCCAGCUCAAUGCUCUUCAAGGUUACUUGCUUAGCAGUGAUAUGCUUGGUUUUUGGCAUUCCCUUAGCCAAUGCUGAUCUUUCAUGUGGUCAGGUGUUAUCCACAUUAUACCCAUGCCUAGGGUACAUUAGGAACCCAGGUGCAUCUGUCCCUGCUCCAUGUUGCAAUGGGAUUAGGAUUGUGAAUGACGAAGCCAAAAAUACCUCUGAUCGUCAAAGUGUUUGCAGGUGCCUCAAAUCCACUAUAGUCCUACCUGGAAUCAAUCUUGAUGCUCUUGCUAACCUCCCUACCAAUUGUGGCGUUAACUUGCCCUACAAGAUUACUCCUGACAUUGACUGUAACAAGAUACCAUAUUGAGCUGCUUGCGGGGUUUGUGCUUUGAUAAAGAAGUAAUAAUGCUUUGGUUUCUAAUAAUAACCUAGACAGAAUAAAGAAGAUGGCUUAAUUUCUUCCAUUGUAACUGAAUCCCACUAGGGAUCACUAUACUAUUCAUAUAAUUAAAAUAAAAUCUGAAAUGUUUCAGAUCACAAAAUAUUUAUUAGCCAUUGUGACAUUUCAAUUUACUA